CAGCCAGCAGAAGAGAGGUGACUAGGGAAAUGUGAUCUAGCUGUCCUCGUGCAGAAAAGAUUAACUACAGACCGAAACAGGACCAGGCAGGGCAGGUGCUCGCUGUCAGACUCUGACGAGAAAAUUUAGCCAGAAGGCUUUCUGUGUAGACAUCAGGACCACAGAGGAAUGAAAGAGGAGGCAAGGAGUCAUUUUAUGGCCCAAUUAUAGAAGUAGGAAACUCUCAGGGAUUCAGGGACGAUGAGGUUGGAGGAGAAACUUGAGCACACUGAGAGCCCUGUUAGACGGAGUCAGCCAUGUCUACAUGACACGCAUCAGGCGAAUGGGAAACCGAGAGCAAAUGGGAAAGCAGAGGUCUGUGAACAGCAGGAAGCAAAUGGCAAGGGCGACGGGCUCAGGAAAUGUCUCAACCUGUACACCUGGCAGGAGAUCCAGAGACACAAUAAGGAGACCGACCAGUGGCUGGUGAUUGAUCGCAAGGUUUACAACGUGACUGACUGGGCAGGCAAGCAUCCAGGUGGGCGUCGGGUCCUCAACCACUAUGCUGGGGAAGAUGCUACGGAUGCAUUCCGGGCCAUGCACCUCCAUCUCAGCACUGUGCGGCUGUACCUCCAACCACUGCUCAUUGGAGAACUUUCUCCAGAAGAACCCAGCCAGGAGAAAAACAAAAAUCCACAGUUGGUGGAAGAUUUUCGGGAACUGCGCAAAACAUUAGAGACCAUGAAUAUGUUCAGUGCCAACCUGGGGUUCUUCUUUCUCCACCUUGCCCAGAUCUUGGUUUUGGAAGUCUUGGCAUGGCUAAUACUACGUCAUUUCGGCAGUGGCUGGACUGUUACAAUACUCAUUUCUUUUCUCCUUACAGUUUCUCAGGCUCAAAGUUCAUUUUUACAACAUGACAUAGGACACAAUUCCAUGUUUAAGAAGUCCAAGUGGAACCACCUGAUGCACAAAUUUGUAAUGUGUCACCUCAAGGGCCUCUCAGCUGACUGGUGGAAUUAUCGACACUUUCAGCAUCAUGUGAAACCAAACAUCUACCCGAAGGAUCCAGACAUUGAUGUGGGCCCACUUUUCCUGAUUGGAGAUACUCAGCCUGUCAAGUAUGGCAAGAAGAAAAUCAAGUACAUUGACUAUGAGAAGCAGCACCUGUACUUCUACAUGGUUGCUCUUCCCCUCCUCAUGCCUGUCUACUUCAAUCUCCAAUCCAUGCAAGUGAUGUACCUUCGAAAGUACUGGGCGGACAUUGCUUGGGUCAGCAGCUUUUACAUUCGGUAUUUCAUCACAUUUGGCCCUUUCUAUGGAAUUUUUGGAACGGUGUUGCUCAUAUAUUUGGUCAAGUUUAUGGAGAGCCCCUGGAUUGCCUAUGUUACCCAGAUGAGUCAUAUACCAAUGAAAAUAAGCCGAGAUGAGAACCACGACUGGCUCAGCACUCAGAUUGUGGCCACCUGUAAUAUUGAACAGUCCUUUUUCAAUGAUUGGUUCACUGGACACUUGAACUUCCAAAUUGAACAUCACCUCUUCCCAACAAUGCCACGCCAUAAUUAUCAUAAAGUGGCACCACUGGUAAAGUCACUGUGUGCCAAGCAUGGAUUGCAGUAUAUAAAUAAGCCCAUAUUGAAGGCAUUUGGAGAUAUUGUCAGGUCCUUAAAGAAAUCUGCUGCACUCUGGAUGGAAGCUUACUAUGAAUGAUGGAGAGUUGUGCACAUAUUGGUAUCUCUAGAGGGGGUAGUGGCCGUGCAAGAGCUUUUCUCUGAUUAACUGAGAAUUAACUAGUAAUGAUGGCAUAACUGAGUGUGCAAGGAAUGUGAAUUCCCAAAGACACCUGUAAACUAUGAAGGUCUCCUCUAUUACUGAAAGAAGGAAGAGACACAGGCAACUUUGGUCAGACUAACCAAAGGGAAAUGGUCGUUCACUGUUUCUACUUUUUCAGUAGGAUUUUGGACUUUGUUCCAAUAGACCAGGCGAGACUGUUUCCACAUGGAGUACAAGAUGAUGUGGACAUAAAUGGAAAUGAGAAAAGUAAUAAAGAUCUCUGGCAAAGUCCACUGGAAAUCAGUGUAAUGGUUCUUAGAAGAGAAUUUUUUUAUUUAAGGCAUUCCUUCUGAAGUACAAAUUUUUGCUUACUUCCUUUCAGAUAAGUGAACUUCUUCAAACAUUGAUCAUAAUUAACAUUAAACUAUCUUCAUAUAUUCAUCUUCAC